CCAUAUUAGGCAGGUACUAAUAACAAAUUACUAGGAAAAAAAAUAUUAGUACCAACAAUUUUUCCAUAGCCAAGUUGGUAUAAUUUGCAAAACUUUCGAUCCCCUCCAUGGCCACCGGUAUGAAGGAAGGUUCUCUUCCUACCUUGCCGGCAAUCGACCGCUGCCCUUCAAUCGGUCGCGAAAAACACACUGUCGUGGCGGACAUGGACGGCACUUUGCUAAGAGGACGGAGCUCCUUCCCUUACUUUGCCCUCGUCGCCUUUGAGGCCGGCGGCAUACUAAGGCUUCUCUUUUUACUACUGGCGUCUCCACUCAUUGGUCUGCUGUACUACUUUGUCUCGGAGUCAGCCGGCAUUCGUGUCAUGGUUUUCGCCACUUUCGCCGGUAUGAGAGUCUCCGACAUAGAAUCUGUGGCGCGUGCGAUCCUCCCCAAGUUCUAUUCCGCCGACUUGCACCCCGAGACGUGGAGAGUCUUUUCUUCGUGUGGGAAACGCUGCGUUCUGACCGCAAACCCGAGGAUAAUGGUGGAGCCGUUUUUGAAGGAGUUUUUGGGCGCUGACAUGGUUCUCGGGACUGAGAUCGCCACCUACAAAAGCAGAGCCACAGGUUGGGUCCUCAGUCCUGGGGUUCUGGUCGACGGAGGCAAGGCCAACGCGCUUAACAAAGCGUUCGGCACUGACCCCUCAUCAGCUCCUGAUGUCGGGCUUGGCGACCGAAAAACGGACUACCCAUUCAUGAAGUUAUGCAAGGAAAGCUAUGUGGUUCCUGCUACGCCGGAAGUUGCGGCGGUGAGCCUCGACAAGUUGCCAAAACCGAUAGUAUUUCACGACGGAAGGCUGGUUCAGAAGCCAUCGCCGCUCUUGGCGUUGCUUAUAAUUCUUUGGAUCCCGGUCGGUUUUACUUUAGCUUGCUUGCGAAUGGCAGCGGGCGCACUGCUUCCUAUGCCCGUCGUAUACUACGCUUUAUGGGCGUUGGGCGUACGGGUGUACAUCAAAGGAACCCCACCGCCUCCCGCCAAGAAAUCAACAGGCCAGACCGGAGUCCUUUUCAUUUGCUCACACCGCACUCUCCUCGACCCGAUUUUUCUCUCAAUCGCUCUGGGCAGGCCCAUCCCGGCCGUGACCUACUCUCUCUCCCGUCUCUCCGAACUCAUCUCGCCAAUUAAAACCGUCCGACUCACACGGGACCGGGUCAAGGACGCGAACCAGAUUAAAGACCUCUUAGAACAAGGCGAUCUCGUCAUAUGCCCCGAGGGAACAACGUGCCGAGAACCAUUUUUGCUACGAUUCUCCGCCCUGUUUGCAGAGCUGACCAACGAGCUCGUCCCUGUAGCCAUGUCAAACAGCAUGAGCAUGUUCCACGGGACGACGGCCCGAGGGUGGAAGGGGAUGGACCCGUUCUACUUCUUCAUGAACCCUAGCCCGGCGUACGAAGUAACGUUUUUAAACAAGAUGCCGUACGAGCUGACUUGUGGAGCCGGAAAGUCGAGCUACGACGUGGCGAAUUGCAUGCAGAGGACCAUCGCUGCGAGCCUGUCGUAUGAGUGCACCACCUUCACGCGGAAGGACAAGUACCGGGCAUUGGCGGGGAAUGACGGCAUCGUCGAGGAAAGGUCUAAGCGUACGGCUGCAGCCAAUAAAAUUAUGGGCUGCUAGCCAUAACGUGAUUAAUUAAGACAGAAAUUAUAUACAAAUUAGCGUGUGUGUUUUGUUUCUCAAAAAGUUAAUCUCAGAUAAUCACAUGCAUAUUGGGUAACAACCUAUGCAUGGCAAUGCAUGGCGAUAAAUUUUUCAGUAUGCCGAAAAUACAGUCAGGUUAUGACAUUCAAUAUACCGAAUCGUAGUCUCGGCACACUAAAAAAUUUCUCAUGCAUGGAAAUUAAUUAAUUAAUAUGUUGCAGUAGUUCAAAUGUAUUUUUCCUUUGGUUUGGUAUUUUUUUUCCCUGAGUUUAAAUGUAUUUUUCCUUUGGUUUUCAAUUGGGAGUUAGUUUUGAUUAGCCAAAGGCUAGUUGCCCCAUUAAAUAAUAUUUUUCGUUUGAUUGGUA